AUGGAUGUAUUUUUUUGUUUGGUUACUUUGACCGUCUCUGUGAUAGCCACGGAUUAUUGUAGCGAUAAAAUUUGUUAUAAUGGUGACAAACAUAUUGCCUGUGAUAAUGAUGGAAAAUUCUAUUCCACCUGUCCCGAUGAUGCCGAAAAGCGCGAAAUGACUGAAUCACUGAAAAAGUUAAUCAUCGAAGCACACAAUGAAAAACGUAACAUUGUUGCUGGUGGUAAUGUUAAACAUCUUAAGCCCGCUUGCCGUAUGGCCACCAUAGAAUGGGAUGAUGAAUUGGCUUCUUUGGCUGCACUUAAUGUUUUACAAUGUAAAAUGAAACACGAUAAAUGUCACAAUACUGAUAAGUUCAAAUAUUCCGGACAAAAUCUUGCCUCAUUGGGUUUCACAAAAAGUCCUAAUGAUACUGCUAUUAUUCAAAAAUCUAUUAGAUUAUGGUAUGAAGAGAAAAGCGAUGUCUCACAAUCCAUUAUUGAUAAGUUUCCUAAGGGUUAUAAGGGACCAACUAUUACCCAUUUCACUGGUAUGGUGGCGGAUCGUAAUACACGUGUGGGUUGUGCUGCCGCCACUUACACUGUUUCUGGCAAAAAUAAAGCUUAUUUGUUUGCUUGCAAUUAUGCCUCUAUUAGUAUGGUUGAUUAUGCUAUCUACAAAAGCUGCGAUACGCCUGCUGUUGACUGUCAGUCGGGCACUAAUCCAUCGUACGAAAAUUUGUGCUCCUCUUCGGAAUCAUAUAAGGUUAAUACAUUUCCUUAGAUAUGUUAUUCUUA